ACAUCCCUAUGUUACGCCCCUCUGUCGUGUCAGAACAAUUUUAGUCGAGAGUGGCGUAAAUAUAAAGAUAUUACUACUUAUCCAAGGGUAUUCCUUGAGAUAAACUUUGUAAUUGUUGAGUAAAAUUACGCAAAAUAGACAAAAAUGACUGAUUCGAAGUAUUUUACCACCACCAAGAAGGGUGAGAUUUUCGAGCUGAAAUCGGAAUUGAACAGUGAUAAGAAGGAGAAAAAGAAAGAAGCUGUAAAGAAGGUUAUUGCAUCAAUGACUGUAGGCAAAGAUGUAUCAGCUCUAUUCCCUGAUGUGGUAAACUGCAUGCAGACAGACAACUUGGAGCUAAAGAAGCUUGUCUACUUGUACCUGAUGAACUAUGCAAAAUCUCAACCUGAUAUGGCUAUUAUGGCAGUUAACACUUUUGUCAAGGACUGCGAAGAUUCGAACCCUCUGAUCCGAGCCCUCGCCGUACGAACCAUGGGUUGUAUCCGGGUAGAUAAGAUCACGGAGUACCUUUGCGAACCGUUAAGAAAAUGCCUUAAAGACGAAGACCCAUACGUGAGGAAGACCGCAGCUGUUUGUGUUGCUAAGCUGUAUGAUAUAUCUUCGAGCAUGGUUGAGGAUCAGGGUUUCCUAGAUCAAUUGAAGGACUUGCUAAGCGACUCCAACCCCAUGGUAGUGGCCAACGCUGUGGCUGCUAUCUCGGAGAUUAAUGAGGCUAGUGUUUCUGGACAUCCUCUUGUAGAAAUGAAUGCACCAACAAUAAACAAGCUUCUCACCGCGUUGAACGAAUGUACGGAGUGGGGCCAAGUAUUCAUCCUUGACGCACUCUCCAACUACUCCCCGCGUGACGUGCGUGAAGCUCACUCCAUCUGCGAGCGUAUCACGCCUCGGCUGGCUCACGCUAAUGCUGCCGUCGUCUUGUCUGCUGUUAAGGUUCUCAUGAAGCUUAUGGAGAUGGUAUCCGAAGACACGGAUCUAGUAAGCACGCUCUCGCGUAAGCUGGCCCCACCAUUGGUGACGCUUCUCAGCGCCGAACCCGAGGUGCAGUAUGUCGCCUUGCGGAACAUUAACCUCGUCGUGCAGAAGAGGCCGGAUAUUCUAAAACAUGAGAUGAAGGUAUUCUUCGUGAAAUACAACGAUCCAAUUUACGUGAAACUGGAAAAGCUGGACAUAAUGAUUCGUCUAGCGUCGCAGGCGAACAUCGCGCAAGUGCUAGGGGAACUCAAAGAAUAUGCUACUGAGGUGGACGUGGACUUUGUCAGGAAGGCCGUAAGGGCUAUCGGGCGAUGCGCUAUAAAGGUGGAACCUUCAGCCGAACGUUGCGUAUCAACCCUACUGGAGUUAAUCCAGACGAAAGUGAACUACGUAGUCCAGGAAGCCAUAGUUGUCAUUAAAGACAUCUUCCGCAAGUAUCCUAAUAAGUACGAGAGCAUCAUCAGCACGCUUUGCGAGAAUUUGGACACGCUGGAUGAACCUGAAGCCAGGGCUUCCAUGGUAUGGAUCGUAGGCGAAUACGCUGAACGUAUAGACAACGCAGACGAAUUGCUAGACUCGUUCCUCGAAGGUUUUCACGACGAGAACGCUCAAGUGCAACUGCAGCUGUUGACUGCUGUCGUCAAGCUCUUCCUCAAACGUCCAGCUGACACUCAAGAGCUGGUUCAACAUGUGCUGUCAUUGGCUACUCAGGACUCUGAUAAUCCUGAUCUAAGAGAUCGCGGUUUUAUCUACUGGCGUCUCCUUUCCACGGACCCGGCCGCGGCCAAAGAAGUCGUCCUAGCGGAUAAGCCACUCAUCUCCGAAGAGACCGACCUGCUGGAGCCAACACUUCUUGACGAACUCAUCUGCCACAUCAGUUCUUUAGCUUCAGUUUAUCAUAAGCCACCUACUGCUUUCGUUGAAGGGCGCGGUGCCGGAGUCCGCAAGUCGCUUCCAGCGCGUGGAUCUGCUCCCGACGAGUCACAUUCCUCUCAGCCCACAGUUAUUCCAAACCAGGAGUCUCUGAUCGGCGAUCUCCUGUCGAUGGACAUCGGCGGUCCGCCGGCGCCGGCCGCGCCCGCCUCAAAUAUCGACUUGCUGGCUGGUGGCCUAGACGUGCUGGCCAUGGGCAGCGAGCCGACGGCGACGACAGGUACAACAGGCCUGCUCGGCGACAUCUUCGGCGUCAGCUCCGCGCCCGCCUCGUUCGUACCACCCAAGCAAUGCUGGUUGCCAGCUGAUAAAGGGAAAGGUCUGGAGAUCUGGGGUACAUUCAGCCGUCAAAACGGACAACCGCGAAUGGAGAUGACGUUCACCAACAAAGCGAUGCAAGCCAUGAGCGGGUUUGCCAUACAACUCAACAAGAACAGCUUCGGCAUCUUCCCGGUGGGCGGGCUGUGCGUGGGUGCGCUGGGCGCCGGCGCCAGCGCAGAGGCGCCGUUGCCGCUGGCCACCACCGGGCCCGUGCAGCGGAUGGAGCCGCUCAACAACCUGCAGGUGGCGAUCAAAAACAACGUAGACGUAUUCUACUUCGCAUGUCUAAUACCGGCUCACAUUCUCUUCACCGAAGACGGGCAACUUGACAAGCGAGUCUUUCUUACCACGUGGAAGGAGAUCCCAGCCGCCAACGAAAUGCAACACAAUCUAUCCAACGUAAUCGGCAACGCAGACUCCAUUGCCCAAAAAAUGACACUCAACAACAUAUUUACCAUCGCGAAACGCAAUGUAGAAGGACAAGAUAUGCUUUACCAAUCUCUGAAAUUAACUAAUAACAUAUGGGUGUUGCUAGAGUUGAAACUGCAGCCAGGCAAUCCCGAAGCGACUCUAAGUCUAAAAUCACGUACAGUUGAAGUGGCAACUUGCAUAUUCCAAGCUUACGAAGCUAUUAUUCAAUCGUAAUCUCUAUAUUGUUAUGACAAAGGUAUAAAAUGUAUUAAAUAGUAUUUAAGAUAGUGAUAUACUUUAUUCCAAGAAUGUUUAUGUAUACAGUGGACGUAGUUAUACAGAAAUUAUUCAAUACAACGUUAUUUGAUAUUCGUUUUUGCUAUAUAAAUAUGUGGCAUUUUCUGUUUACUUCAUUCUGAAAAUAUUUCAUUUCUUCAUAAUUAUGUCCAGUUAAUUGCAAUGUCUGUUGCAUUAGGGUUGUCAGUUAUCAUCAACCUUCAUUACACUAAUGAACUUAAUGUACAAUUCUGAGUUACUUAACAUUACUAACAUAGAAUAUGAAGUUGAAUAAUGUAUAUAACUUUUUUCCAUCAAAAGUAAUUAAAGAUAAAACAGCUGAUUCCUCGUUUCGAUCGUCGCGAUAAUCGUAUCAAUAUGUCGCUACUCCUUUGGGAACGCCAGUUAAUCGUUAAAGACAUAAACAUACACUAUCGAUUCGUCGUUUCGAUCAGUCUGCAUUAAAUUGUAUGAUCAACUUAUUAGCAAGCUGUAACUGUAAAGUUCCAGAUACAGUAACGAGGUUCUAGUGUGUACGCGUGAAACUCAUCACUCGCUAGAAUGAUAACCUGGUUAUCGUCGGUUCACUGCGAACCGCACGCGGUCCGCUCGCGACUAGCUCGCGAACCACGUACACCACUAUGAUUUUUGGUAACAUAAAGGUGUGUCCAAACACGGCGUGCAAGGUGCGCGGCAGCUACGCGCGGCAUUCGCGGGACACAAGUUUGCCGGCAGGUAGCUCG